GCUUACCACCCUCAUGGCCCCCAAAAAGCCAGAACCCAAGAAAGAUGAGGCCAAGGCAGCCGCCAAAGCAGCUCCAGCUCCAGCUCCCGCUCCAGCCCCUGUGCCUGAGCCGGAGCCCCCCAAGGAGACGGUAUUUGAUGCCUCUAAAAUCAAGAUCGAAUUCACCGCAGAGCAGAUUGAAGAGUUCAAGGAAGCUUUCAUGCUAUUCGACCGCACUCCAAAGGGUGAGAUGAAGAUCACGUACGGGCAGUGUGGGGACGUCCUGCGGGCUCUGGGACAGAACCCCACACAGGCUGAGGUGCUCCGUGUCCUGGGGAAACCAAAGCAGGAAGACCUUCAGUCCAAGAUGAUUGACUUCGAUACCUUCCUGCCCAUGCUGCAGCACAUUGCCAAGAACAAGGACACUGGCACCUACGAGGACUUCGUGGAGGGGCUUCGGGUCUUUGACAAGGAGGGCAACGGCACUGUCAUGGGUGCUGAACUCCGCCACGUGCUCGCCACGCUGGGUGAGAGGCUGACAGAGGAUGAAGUAGAGAAGUUGAUGGCUGGACAAGAAGAUUCCAACGGCUGCAUCAACUAUGAAGCCUUCGUGAAGCACAUCAUGGCCAGCUGAGCAUCUCACCCAGG